AAGCGCAGCGCCAGCAGCAUCUCUUCUACCUUCCUAGACACCUCCACUUCGCUACUCCAGAGCUGGAAGUCAGACUUGCAACCAGCAGGCGGACUCAUGUCCUUUCCUUUCCUCUUCCAAGAGCCACCCAACUCCCGGCUGCGCUCCUCCAGCCCCUGCGGCCAGCGCUAGGCGGGCAUCCGCUCCCUGAGGCUGCCGCGCGGUGCAGCGUCGAGCAUCCUCGCCGAGUUCCUUUCUGCCCUCUGUCCGUCUUCCGUCCUCUCCAUCACACCUGCUGCCCCUCUUUGCCUCUCUUCCGCAGAAUCGUCAAGGCCCCAGCUCUCGCCGGCGCCUCUUUAGCCACCUCGCCCUUCCCAGCCCCCGCACAUUCCCAAGCGCCUGGUCUCCCCCGCUGCCAUGAGCUCCCCCAUCGGCAAGAGCCGCUCCCUUGCCGCCUUCCUACAGGAGCUGCGCAGCCUGGGGCAGCCCCCCAGACCCGUGACAUCUACGGCGUGCGCGCCCCGUCGGCCGCGGGAGGUGCCCCUCUGCCCCAUGAUGGAACAGGGCGAGGCGCAAGACGCGGCCGCCCUGCCCGGUCCCACCAAGUGGCCACUGCUGGGCAGUCUGCUGGAGAUUCUCUGGAAAGGAGGGCUCAAGAAACAGCACGACACGCUGGCUGAGUACCACGAGAAAUAUGGCAAGAUUUUCCGCAUGAAGUUGGGUUCCUUCGACUCGGUGCACUUGGGCUCGCCGUGUCUGCUGGAAGCGCUCUACCGCACGGAGAGCGCGUACCCCCAGCGUCUGGAGAUCAAACCGUGGAAGGCCUAUCGCGACUAUCGCGAGGAGGGCUACGGACUGCUGAUCUUGGAAGGAGAAGACUGGCAGAGGGUCAGGAGUGCCUUUCAAAAGAAACUAAUGAAACCAGUGGAAAUUAUGAAGCUGGACAAUAAAAUCAAUGAGGUCUUGGCUGAUUUUACAGGUAGAAUAAGUGAGCUCUGUGAUGAGCGAGGCUGCAUUGAAGACUUGUACAGCGAGCUGAACAAAUGGUCAUUCGAAAGCAUCUGCCUUGUGCUAUAUGAGAAGAGAUUUGGGCUCCUUCAGAAGAACGCAGGCGAUGAAGCUUUGAACUUCAUCAUGGCCAUCAAAACAAUGAUGAGCACAUUUGGGAGAAUGAUGGUCACGCCGGUUGAGCUGCACAAGAGCCUCAACACCAAGGUCUGGCAGGCGCACACUCUGGCCUGGGACACCAUUUUCAAAUCGGGUAACGUGGCCACAUGUACCCAGCAACACUGUCUCCGGAGCUGCUGCCGGAAGGUCUGGAUGAUCUUGGCCUCAGCACCCCAUCCUUUGAUGGAGUUGCUCCUCCGGAUUCUUUUGGGCUUUACAGCAAACAGCUUAAUGUGGAUCCUCUUCAAUUUAUCUCGUAAUCCCCACGUGCAGCAAAAGCUUCUUAAGGAACUUCAGAGUGUACUGCCUGAGAAUCAGAUGCCACGGGCAGAGGAUUUGAGGAAUAUGCCAUAUUUAAAAGCCUGUCUGAAAGAAUCUAUGCGGCUUACCCCGAGUGUGCCAUUUACAACUCGAACUCUUGACAAAGCAAUGGUUCUGGGGGCAUAUGCUUUACCGAAAGGAACAGUAUUGAUGCUAAAUACCCAUGUGUUGGGGUCCAAUGAAGAAAAUUUUGAAGAUUCAAGUCAGUUUAGACCCGAACGAUGGCUUCAAGACAAGAAAAAGAUCAACCCUUUUGCCCAUCUUCCAUUUGGCAUUGGGAAGAGAAUGUGCAUUGGUCGCCGAUUAGCCGAGCUCCAGCUGCACUUGGCUCUCUGCUGGAUCGUCCGCAAAUAUGACAUCGUGGCCACAGACAAGGAGCCUGUGGAGAUGCUGCACUUGGGCAUCCUGGUACCCAGCCGACAGCUCCCCAUUGCUUUCCACCAGAGAUAGGAGGCCUCAG